AUGAAAUAUGUAGUAGUAGCGGGCGGUACACUCAGUGGCAUUGGCAAGGGCAUCACGCUCUCAUCGAUAGGACUGAUACUGAAGAGUGCAGGCAUGAGAGUUAUACCGGUAAAGAUCGAUCCGUAUCUGAACAAGUCGUGUGGUACGAUAUCACCGAUAGAUCACGGUGAGGUGUUCGUUUUGGAGGAUGGAUGUGAGGCUGACAUGGACCUGGGAUUCUAUGAACGUGUCAUGGAUGUGCUGUGUGGUGAGAUGAGUUGUAUAACGGGCGGAAAGGUUUACAGGAGAAUGAUUGCGAAGGAAAGUGCUGGUGCAUAUUUUGGUGAGACCAUGGAGGUAAUACCACACGUUAAUGCUGUUGUUGAGGAAAUGAUUAAUGAUUGCGUGCGUGUUGGGUACGAUGGGGGUGAGUGCAUGGUGCGGAGUGCUUUGGAAAGGAACGAAAGGAUGGAUGACGAAGGGCGAGCGAAGAAAAUGAGGGUGAACAGCGCAGUAAUGAAGGGAACGGUACCGGAAUGUGAUACGGACAAUAAUGCGAGGGCUGAUUGUGACACGGACAGCAGCUUGGACAAUGAUAGGAAGGUUAAUGUGGAUGGAAGCAUUUUUACAACUGAUCAACAAUGUGUGCUGCAUAAGGAAAUAAGCGAUAAAAAUUUUAACAAACAAAUAAGUGGUAGCAUAAAUGAUGCAAAGCAUAAAAAGAAAGCUUAUAAAAGUAUAAAUACGGACAACGUUGUGGUGCUUAUAGAGGUGGGCGGUGUGAUAGAUGACACGGAGAGCAGCAUAUUUUCGAGCACGCUCUCGCACAUAAAACGGAAAUGUGCAGAGGAGGACUUCCUGGUUGUGAGCGUGGAUUACAUGCCGUCAUUUUCUAACAACGAGCAGAAGACCAAAUUAGUACAGCGAUCGGUGCAAAAGUUUAUAAGCAGAGAUCUUAAGCCGGGGAUCAUAGUGUGCAGGGGUCCUCAUGCGUUCUUUAAAGGGACGAGGAGCAAAAUUGUAAGGAAAACGGGCGUGAACGAUGUGUUCUCGUCCAAGGACACAUCCCUGGUGUACGAGAUACCCUUUGAUCUGCAGGCACAGGGCAUGAGAGAGGCAUUGCUCUCAUUGCUGAAGAUCAGAGACAAAAAUGUUUUCAAAACAGAGGAGAAACUUUCCUGGGUGUACAACGACAGAAAGCGUCCUCUGACGGUUGCCAUGGUAAUCAAAUACAAUGGUAACGAUGACAGCUACGUAAGCGUGAUAGAGACUCUGAAGGUCUGCGCAUUGAUGAUGAACAUAGACGUACACAUUAAGAUGAUAGACAGUGAAAUGAUAGAAGUAGAGGGGAGCACGGCCCCAGAUGGCGACAUAACUGCCGUACUUAAUAAAAUAUUCUGUGGUUGUGAUUGCAUGUUGGUGCCUGGUGGGUUCGGGACACGUGGUACGGAGGGUAAGAUAUUGGCGAUCAACUAUGCCAGGACUAACAAAAUACCAUUCCUAGGCAUUUGUCUAGGUUUUCAGCUCUGCGUUAUAGAAUUUUGUCGUAAUGUGUUGGGAUUGUGCGAUGCUACAUCAGAGGAAUUCGAUACUACGAGUUUAUGUAAAGUUGUCAUGGUGAUGGAGGACCAUAGGAUUGAGAAAAUAGUUAGUGGAAAGAUGAGACUGGGCAGUAGGCGCUCAUACCUCGUUGAUUCUAUGGUUAAGGAUGCGUAUGGUGCGAAUUACAAGCGAACGUACUUGUAUUGCGAUGGACAGGAAUGCUGCAAUUACAGCGGUGGAAGAUGCUCAGAUGAGUACGUGAAUACUGGCAGUGCCAGUUCGAGUGAAUGUACUGCUGCGUGUGAUGGUCCGGCUGAUGGGUGCUGUGAAUCCGUUAGAUGUACGGAAUCUGAUGUCUGUGAGGAGUCUGGUCGAUGCAGACCUGAUGAGUGUAACUCUAACGGGUGCCGAUCCAGCGAAUCUGACAGGUCCAGCGCAUACGACAGAUCGGUUAGAGAAACGGUUGGAUGUGCUCGACCAGCCAGCAAAUGCCCAGCAUUUGCGCAGAGGCAUGACAGCGAGAGCACCGCUAUAAACUGUUCUAGCCAAUCAUCAACCGUGCAGCCAAAUAAUAAGAGCAAUGAUUACAGCGGCAACAACAGUUGCGACUCCUCUCACCACGUCGUAGAGCGUCACAGGCACCGAUACGAGGUUAAUCCCCUAUACGUUGACAUGAUCGAGAGGAAAGGCCUUCGAUUCGUGGGUAAGAGCAAGGACGGUCUUAAAAUGGACAUAUUUGAAUUGAACAAUCAUCCUUUCUUUGUUGGUGUGCAGUAUCACCCGGAAAUGACCUUGAAUUUGGAUGACGGCCAUCCAUUGUUUAGAUAUUUCUUGGAGAAGGCACUACAAAAUAAAAAUAAUUAA